AACCUAUAAAAAUUUAUAACCUAUAAAAAAAUUUGUUUGGGCUGUGUGUCUGUUUCAGAAAUUAUUCUUUUUUUUUUUGGCUUAUCGUUUUGGGGCGCAUUUCCACUAUGACUUUCUAUGUUGACAAGAAGCCCAUUCCGGGCUAUAUGAUGUACGUCAAUGGCGGGUUGGCCGGAAUGAUGGCCACCUGCAUUGUGCAGCCGCUGGACCUGGUCAAGACCCGAAUGCAGCUCUCGGCCACCACGGGCGAGUACAAGAGCUCCCUGGACUGUCUGGCGAAGGUGUUCAAAAACGAAGGCAUCCUGGCCUUGUACAAUGGAUUGAGUGCCGGAUUGAUGCGACAGGCGACGUACACAACGGCUCGAAUGGGAUUCUACCAGAUGGAGAACCAGUAUUACCGCAAGCAGUACAACGCUCCUCCGACUGUUUUGGCCAGCAUGGGAAUGGGAAUUUUGGCCGGAGCCUUUGGAGCCGUGUUCGGAAACCCGGCGGAGGUGGCCCUGAUCCGAAUGAUGUCCGAUAAUCGGUUGCCGCCGGAGGAGAGGCGCAACUACAAAAAUGUAGGCGAUGCUUUUGCGAGGAUCGUAAAGGAUGAGGGAGUGCUCGCCCUCUGGCGAGGAUGCAUGCCCACCGUGGGUCGUGCUAUGGUGGUCAACAUGGUGCAACUGGCUUCCUACUCCCAGCUAAAGACCUUAUUCUCCGAGUACUUCUCAGGUCUGCCGCUCCACAUUUCGGCCGCCAUGUUGUCCGGCCUCUUGACCACCAUGGCCUCAAUGCCCCUCGAUAUGGCCAAAACGCGAAUCCAGCAGCAGAAAACCGGCGAGUACAAGGGCACCUUCGAUGUCCUGAUGAAGGUGUCCAAGAGCGAGGGUAUUUUUGCUCUGUGGAAGGGCUUCACACCCUACCUGUGUCGUAUAGGUCCGCACACCGUGUUUUCGUUUAUAUUUCUCGAACAGCUCACCAAAGCCUACAAGCGUUUUGUGCUCGGUGACGACUCCGAGUCUACCAUCUAAAUUGGUUUUACUCAUUAUCUUUUAUAAAAAUUGUCAGACACCUCUUGACUUCUCUUAGUAUCAACCGACAAAAACUUAUCUGCUUUUACAGUUGGCAAUAUGGGAAUUGCAAUUUGCAAUUUUUACACAAAGGAAUAUCCAAUUAAAACAGGCAUACACCCCACCACCCAGAACUUUUUUGUCAUAGCGUCAUUGUUAACCUAUUAAAACCCAUAACCUAUCAAAAAA